UUGGGAGGGAGGUUUUGGCUUUUGGAAUUCCCCCGGUGUACUGAGAACAAUGAUAUUUCGACUAGUGCGUGCAGAAAUAACCGCGUCACACUCUUGAGAGCGCGCAGACUCGAGUGGCGGGUCACACCGUGGAUACACUGAUUGGCGGCACGCACCGGCUUUGUUAUCACUCUUGCAUCACCGCGGUGGCACUGUGAUUAGUGGGCGGCACUAGGUGACGGGACGCCCACCAGGAUGGACGAGAAGAAGCCCACCGGCCGCAAGAAGCUGUGGGUCUGGAUCGGCGCCGUGUCCGUCCUGCUGGUGACGGCGGGGCUGGUGGUCGGCGUCGUCUACGUGGUCAAGCACCCCAGCGAAACCGUGAGUCCCGCGCGGCCCGCAGCCUCCGACUUGCUGUACCUGUUCGACAGACCCGCCGAGCCGAUCUUCUCCUUGCGGGGGAUCAACCGAGAUGUCGCCUUCGACGUGCCCCACGCCUACCUGCCCGAGCGCUACCGGCAGCGGGAGGCCGAGGUUCGCGAGCAGGUGCGCCGUGCUGCGAAGCGAGUCGUCAUGGUCCCCGAGAUAGAGAUGCCGGCUGAGAGGUUCGCCGACAUCAACACCAGGCUGCCCUUCCGCAGCGCCUUCACGAGGUCCGCGCCGCCCUUCCUCGCGCUCGUCAUCCGCUUCUGGCAUUUCUUCGACGAGAGUUCGUCGGUGGAGGACCUACUCGCCCGGGCUGUGUGGGCGCGUCUUCACUUCAACCCAGAGAUGAUCCUGGACGCCCUCAUGCUGUACAUGUUGCGGUCUCCUCUGCAGAGCGUUCGGGACCUCAGGAUCCCCGAGCUCCCCGAGUACAUCCCCGAGCUCUACGUCAACGACGAGUUCUUUGCCAAGGCCCGCGAGGAGAUGCACAUGGUCCCCCCCAACAACAGGGCGCCCGUGGCCGUGGCGAGGAACGUGGGCAAGGACGACGAGAGCGUGCUCUGGUACUUCCGCGAGGACCCCCACUUCCACGUGUUCCACUGGAAGUGGCACGUGUACUACCCGGCGGGGACGGACGACGACCAGUACGUGGACCUGCCGCGGCGCGGGGAGCUGUUCGUUCACCUGCACCGCCAGUUCACGGCCAGAUACAACGCCGAAAGGUUCACCAACGGGCUGCCGGCGGUGCUGCCCAUGGACGUGCACAAGCCGCUGCCCAAGGGCUACUUCCCGAAGAUGGUUCAUCUCCACGGCUCCAAGGGGACCGUAGGGCGACAGGACAACGCCACGCUGCUGCCUCUGAAGACGUUUGUCGACAAUCACGAUAAAUGGAUUAAAGGAUAUGAGCGUGUCCUUGACCAAGGCUACGUAGUACUUAAAAACGGAACUCAAAAGAGGCUGGUGGACAUUGAAGGCCUGGACAUCAUCAGCAACCUUCUUGAAGGGAACACAGUCGUGUCACCGGACUACAACUUCUACGGAAAUGUGCACAACGACCUCCACGCCAACCUGCCCAGGGCGGCGGACCCCAUCGCCGUCCACAACGAACCUUUGACCGUGACUUCCUUCAUCACAACCGUGGCCAAGGACCCGGCCUUCUUCAACAUCCACCAGCUGAUGGACGACCUGUACGAGAAGUACAAGAAGAAGUACACUCUUCCUUACGACAUCGCAAAGGACCUCACACCGCUCCCCGGGGUGACGCUGCACUCCGUGGCGGUGCGCACCGCCAACGCGGCGGCCGCCAACGAGCUCAGCACGUACUACCAGCAGUCGGACCUGGACGUGUCGCUGGGGCUGGACUACACGCCCGCGGGGCGUCAGUACGCGCGCUUCACCCACCUCCAGCACCGCCCCUUCCACUACGAGCUCAGGGUCACGAACAACGAGUCCAGGCCCCGGCGGGUGUUCGUGCGGCUCGCGCUCCUCAUGGUCCAGGACGAGAAGGGCGCGCCGCUGGACCUCGACUUCAGGCGUCGCUUCAGCCUGCUGCUGGACGUGUACGACGCCGUCCUCGCCCCGGGUGACAACACGCUGCGGCGCCAGUCCACGCAGUCGGCGCUGACCAUCGACAACGACGCCAUCUACGCGGAGGGUCGGGACGCGGGGGCGGUGCGGCGGGGGAACGUGUGCCGGUGCGGGUGGCCGCAGGGCCUGCUGCUGCCCAGGGGCUCCGCGGCCGGCACGCCGUACCAGCUCCUCGCCAUGGUCACCGACUACGAGCAGGACAAGGCCCCGACUUCCGGGUCGUCGGAGACGUGCGACGACGGCUGGCUCAUGUGCGGCGUGAUCGGCAGCGCGCACUACCCCGACGUGCGCGCCAUGGGCUUCCCCCUGGACCGGCCCUUCCCCGCUGGCGUCGCCUCGCUGGAGGACCUGCUCACGCCCAACAUGGCCCUGGCCGACGUGCGCGUCACGUUCGAGAACCGCACCGAGCCACCCACGGCCGUGUUGCAGGGCGACAGGUCCACCAGCUGGAUGCCCACCGUCUGAACGCAAACCGCCGGGCUGCAGGGCGGCAGGUCCACCAGCUCGAUCUCCAGAGCUGAGCUGCAGGGCGCCAGGUCUACCAGCUGGGCGCCCACCAACCACCACAACCUGACCGCGCACGGCAUCACGGACGCAAACGCGGAUCCAGCGCCCCACACGGCUCCAAAAAUAAAGUACCCCUGCCCUGUCCACAUCACGUGGGACACCUCGGCCAGCCCGCGACCUCGACCUAGUGCUCGACCUAGUGAAUGUUUGAUCGCGGUCGAGCCGGCGCCCUCGCAGUGUUUGUUGACUGACGGUUGUUUGCGCACCCUGGGCCGCCCGCCAUGGUCCCAAUAAAACACAAAGCCGGAGAAAGAUA